UAAACUCCAUUGUGUCAAACCUUUCACAAGUCUUGCUUUUUCCUUCUGCAUCAAGCAUAAAUGAAACUGUUGAAUGCAUUUGUGGUUUUUUGACUGAGAAACCUCAAGGAAAACACACUGAAAUUCUUUCUUCUGCAGUAUCAGAGUCGAGCACGAUGUGAUACUGGCAAUUCCCAACAAUGCUAGCUCCACCAACAUCUAUGAGGAAGAUGUCAAGGCCAUCAAGGAAGCUGUGGAAAGCCUUGUUGAAUGUAAAGAAAGUAAGACCAUUACACCGUGCACACAGCAAAACAUGCUUUUAUUUUAAUGACCAGUUAAAGUGUUAAAGUGUGUACAAAGCUUACGGCUAAAAUUACACACAGUCACGUUUCUUCUUCUGACUUUCAGAUUGUCCUGAUUACAACAUCACCACUGUGCCAGAAGUCACUCCAACAACCGUCAAUAUCACCUCUGUAUGUGGAUCGCUGGUUAAUCCAGAUAUUGUUCAAUUCUUUCAAGCUAUAAAUGACAUGGGAACAAUACAAUGUGUGACUGCAUGCCACCCGAAACAUACACAGCAUAAAGUAUGCUACAACAAGGGGACCUGCACCCUCUACAAGGAACUUGGAGUUAUAUGCACGUGUAAAAAUAUAAAUGAGAUUUGGUAUCUGGGCAAUGACUGUAGCUUGCCAAUACAUCAGAAGGCUUUCUAUGGCGGUUUAAGCGUGACGCUUAUUUGUCUCUUGGGGACGGUGGGAGUCCUGACGGCACUCUUCAUGAGGAACAAACAAAGCCAAAAGCGGAAAAAGCACAUGAAAAAGCAACUUGUGAAUGAGUGGGACAAUGACGAGUUUGAGUGGUCUCGAUCCAACAACGGGAAGACCACACGUCAUGGGAAUUACGGUGACCGUACAUAUACACAGUCAGUCACCCCUAACAUCAACCAAAGCUUUGACAGGCACCCGGAAUUCUUCGAGAUGACUCAACCGCCUCUGCAUUCUACCAACAAUCGACCAAUCACAAUCCCCAAACCACAGAUUCGGGGAUCCUGGGACGCCUGAUUUUCUCAACACCUCCAUCAGACUGAAGUGAAGAACUUGCAUCUGGAUGUUUUUAUGUCUAUUUUGAUGCCUUCUAAAAUAUUUUUAGCUUUUGAUAGAUGUUUAUUUAUUGCCUUAUUAACUUAAAAAAAACCCUAAACAGUAUUUACUUUGUACUAUAUUACAGUGGUGUGAUUCUCAUAAUCUACAGUCUGGUACAACUGUGUUGUAUUUACAGUACUGUAUGAAUUUUCAGAUUCACAGCAGUAAUGCAGUAGGUAUGACAAUAUUUGGUUUGGAAAAGUUUGUCUCAUGCUAAUUAUCAGCAAGCUAUAUCCGGGGCAGCGUGUGCAGGGUUAUCGUUUUUGUUCAUGUAUGUCCAUCCACGUAUGAAGAACUUAACUCAAAGAGUUUUGAUCUGAUUUGGACCAAACAUGGAAUAAUUCAGUAUCAUCCAAUGACAAAUAGAUUUUUGAGAAUAAACUC